GCACCUCCAAUAUUUCCACGAACUACCAAAAAUUGCGAUUCUCACAGUAAACAAAAAUAUAAAGAUGUAAAUUGUGCAACGCCUUUGGUGGGGUACAUUUAACAUUUUGACAGGCGAUGGCCUUAAAACAUGUCAUUAUAGGCGGUGGAACCGGCUACAUAGGCUCUGCACUGGCAUUUGCAUUGAGAGCUGAAGGAGCAAGUGUUAAUAUUAUUUCCAGAAAGCCUAACGGGUCUCAUCAAAUUUCCUGGGAUGAUGUUAAAAAAAAUGGCCUUCCCAAGGAUACGACAGCUGUGAUAAAUGUGACUGGUCAGAAUAUCCUGGAUCCUAUUAAAAGAUGGAACAAGGAUUUUAAGGCAGAAGUCUGGGAUAGUCGAGUUAACAGUACAAAGACUCUAGCAGAGGCAGUAAAUAAUUCUGGAGCUUCUGUAUUCACAACGAUUUCUGGAGUGGCUUAUUACAAACCUAAUGAUAAGGAAUGGACCGAGGAUGAUGCAUGUGAAACGUAUGAUUAUCUUUCAGAACUUUGCCAUGAGUGGGAGGCAGCUGGAGAACUACCGAAGGACAGCCCAUGCAGGAAAGUGACGGUUCGUUCUGGAGUUGUUUUGGGAAGAACUGGAGGAAUGAUUCAACAGGCUUUUAUCCCAUUUUUUUUGGGCCUUGGCGGACCAAUAGGGAAGGGCACUCAACCUAUGCCUUGGGUGCACAUUGGGGAUUUGGUGAAUUUAUUCAAAUUUUCUGUGGAAAAUGAGAAAGUCACUGGAAUAUUGAAUGGAGUUGCACCUGAGAUAAUUACGAAUAAAGAGUUUACCACGACAUUUGCAAAAGCUCUUGGACGACCGGCGGUGAUUCCUCUCCCAGAAUUUGUCGUGAAUGGUAUUUUCAGUGAAGAACGAGCAAAGAUUGUCUUGGAGGGGCAGAAAGUGAAGCCAAAACGAGUUUUGGAGUAUGGGUUUCAGUACAAAUACCCAACAAUUGCAAAAGCCUGCGAGCAAUUUGCAGUUCUCUCACCAAAAACAGCUUAUUAAACCCCAAAUCUUAUAAUCAUUGAUAGAAUAAGAUAGAAUUCCUAUUUUGUACGACUAGUAAUUGUCUCCAUUCCCAAAAAUUUCUUUUCGAGUGCAGAAGUCAUGGGAAUUCGUGAAUAAAUUCCUGUGCAUUCUUGAAUUAUUGCAUAACUAAAAUGUGAUGAUUAAUUCCAUUAAAAAUUCCACCUUCGCUUACAAAAUAGUCGCAAGAUAAUCUGUAAUAAAAUAGUGUCCGCUUGUC